AUGCUCGACUCGUCGCCCCAAUCAAAGACCCAGGAGCCUACGCUUCCUCUGGCCGGCACCAAACGUCCUGCCCCCAGUCUUCUCCCGGCAUUCGAACCCCUCUCUUCUUCCCCGGGCUUCCCUAGACCCUCCAAACGACAAGCCCGGCCUGGUUCUGUGGGAGCAAACAACGCGUACCUGAAAUAUCCCACCCCGAUCCCGACCUCGAGCACCGGCAUCCUAUCUUCCUCUCCGCCCCGCGUACACUCAAGACCUGGUGGCCUGUCUCGAGCACUCUCUACCGCCUCCGAGCGCACUCCCCUCGGUGCUGUUAGCUCCAUCGAACUGAACGAGAAUGGCGAAACUCUCCUCAUGGGCCGCUCUAGCAACUCGUCCCACUACCAGCUAUCCGCGAAUCGCCUCGUCUCCCGCAUUCACGUAAAGGCCCGAUACGUGCCUGCUCCUUCCGCCCUGGAGCCCAACAAGAUUGAAAUCAUCUGCAACGGCUGGAACGGGUUGAAACUCCACUGCCAAGGCCGCACGUGGGAGCUCCUCAAGGGCGACUCAUUCACGUCCGAAACAGAAGGGACCGAAAUCAUGAUUGACGUUCAGGACGCCCGUGUCAUGAUCCAAUGGCCGAAGCGGGACCGUCGCGACCGCCUCGCCAGCCCCGAUGAUUCUGCUUGGGGUGACUCGCCUCCUCGCUCCGCCGCGCGCGUUGCCGCCGACCUUUUGCAGUCGAGCCCCCUGCGCCGACCCUCGCGCAUCGAGUCCCCAGACUCACCCACGGCGCAUCUCAGCAGCUCGCAGCGACUUCAAGCUCUGUUGCCCAGGGAAGAUGGGGAAGUGCAAAUCUACGAGGACUCGAGUGCAGACGAGCCCGAGCUUCCCAAGCUGGUUGACUCGGGCACCAUCAUUGGUCAGAGCUUCGCUACCGAGGCCACCAACUCCUUCUCGUCCGAACUCAGUGAGCCGGAAGACGAGAAUGAGAACGACCCUGACGAGGAGAAUGACCCGAUUGUUCACUCUUUUGGACCCUUUGGCGCAGAUAUCUCCAAUCGCCUGGCCUCCAUCACUACCGCGUCUCCCAAAUUCCCUCCUUUCAAGCGGACAGGCCUGCCCACAGUCCGCGACGAGUCUAGACCCUCCAGCCCCAUCUCCGCGCCGCCAAAGUCGCCAGAGGAAGCAGAGGAAGGCGAAGUGCUAGAAGACGAGGAGGAAGUCAAGGAAGCGGAGCCCCCCUACGAGAAUCCUACCGUCCGCAACCACGUCGUCAACCAGCUGGCCUUUUCGCGUCUGUCGUCCAACCCUCUGUCAACCAUCAUGAACAACCUGCCGUCAGAAGAGCGCAAGGGGUUGACCAAGGACCAGCUCCGGAGUCUGAUCGAGGCUACGUCAUGCAUUGGUAUCAUCCAACGCCAGGGCAAGGAUGCUGCCGGCAAGCAACUCGAGAGCGAGUACUACUACGUUCCCGAGUUUGAUGACGACGACCAGCGCCGCCUUGCCGUGACGGAUGGUCUGCGCAAGCCCAGCCUGCGCGCGUGUCGCAAGCAGCACAAGAAGUAA